AUGUCUUCACACUCCUAUCAAUUCUCUGCAACGUUAAUGGAUGAGAUUUGGCAAGCGGAUGAGAAUCGUCUCACUCCAGUCAAGAUCAAACCACAAGGUCCGAUUGGUGGAGAAUACAUAUGUGUUGUGUGUGGAAUGGAUCGUAAGAGAUCCAAUCCAAAUUUUACACUCUUCAAAUUGUACCAAUACGAUGCCACCAAGCAUGUCUAUGUUCAGGUGAAGAAUUCCGAAUUUUUACAAUCUAACAGCAAACAGGCAAAGAAUUACAAAUUAAUUUCCAGAUUAUUUGAUAAUUAUUCACUUGAUCAACAUAGUCGCGAGGUGAAUACUGAGGAGGAGAGAAAGGAAGUUGAGCAAUUUCUUGAAAGUAUUGUUCAAACCAAGUGUAUGAGAAUUCUGGGCCAGAAAUAUAUGAAACUUUCCACACCUACAGAGUUGAAAGUGAAAUUGAGAGAAAUUUGGUUCAAACAAUAUAACUUACACAACUAUAAGGACCUGUCUGGAUUUGAGCAUCUUGUUGUAGGUGAGAAGAAUGGUGAUAAAGUGAGUGGUUAUCACUAUUGGUUCAAAUACUUGUUGGAUGAUUCGACUGAUAAUCAUACAGGUCAAGAUGUGAUUUCAUUUGCUGGAAGAUUGGAUAAUGAGUCAACUCCUGAUUAUGUCUGUGUUCGUUUCAAACAGGAUGAAGACGUGGAUGGAGAUGGUCAAUCUGAUAAUCAAUUAUUCAAAUCUUGUGGAAGCUUUUUUGUUGGUAUUUCUCCAGAGUGCCUAUUGGCACUUUCCACACUGGCCUAUUUGGAGAGUUUACAACCAAGUGGAAAGAAGAAUCUUUCUGAUGUUAAAAUUAACGGAAAUAGAUAUGUUAUUAAUGUUUUUAAUGAGGGUGGUUAUCCAAGAUCAAUUUAUCCAUCCCUUAUUGGGCAAUAA